AUGCUGGGCAAGGACUACAUGCUGGCCAUCGUCCUCGUCAACUGCGACGACAACCUCUGGAGUGACCAGAGCCUGGAGACAGACCCUGACCUCCCCCCAGGCUGGAGGAAAAUCCGUGACUCUCUGGGCACCUACUACUGGCAUGUGCCGACUGGCACAACGCAGUGGCAGCAUCCCGCAUGCACCACCGGCCCAGGAGGGCACCUGGAGGCUGAUGGAGAGGAGACACUCCAGGGAAUGGACUGCCAGGCCCCCACGGUGAAGCACUCGGGAAAAGACAGGCCCAUUCCCAGCCCCAUGGCUUCGCUGUCCCGGAGGACCUCACUGCCCUGGCACGGAGACGACUUCCAACACAGCGCAGAGCCUGGCUCCAAGUGCUUUGCUGUGCGCUCGCUGGGCUGGGUGGAGAUCCCCGAGGAGGACCUGGCACCUGGCAAGAGCAGCAUCGCUGUCAACAACUGCAUCCAGCAGCUCUCCAACAGCAAGAGCCAGGGCUCUGCAGAGAACCGGGGCGAGGGCCAGGACCUGGUGAUGAUCCUGAAGAAGGACACCAUGAGCCUGGUAGAUCCCCUUGACCGCAGCCUCAUCCACCGCCAGCCCAUCCUCAACAUCCGUGUCUGGGGCGUUGGCUGCAACAACGGCAGGGACAGAGACUUUGCCUUUGUGGCCAGUGACAAGGACACCUGCGUCCUCAAGUGUCACGUCUUCCACUGCAACGUGCCUGCCAAGGGCAUUGCCAAGGCCCUGCACGAGAUGUGCUCCAAGAUCGUGGCUGAGCGAGCUGUAGCGAGCAGCGGGCUGCCAUGCACCGCCACGCUGGAGCCCAUCUCCACCGAGGACCUGCCGCUGCAAGUGGAUAUCCUGGAAGCGGUGAGGCAGUCGAUGCAAACCUACGAGGCGUUGUACAUUGGCAGCAUGCCCGUGCCCAGGGCCAUGGGGAUGGAUGUGCUGAACGAGGCCAUCGAGAAGCUGACGAGGGUCUCCGGGCGGGAGUGCUGGACGCCUUCCCUCAUCCGUGUGUCUGACAUGGCCAUGAGGGUGCACCCCGCGCAGGUGGGGAGGGGGACGGGGGGCUCCAGCCGAAGUGGGCGCCCUGCUGCCACUGGGGUGAGGCAGGCAACACCCAUGGGGGUGGCAGGGGUGCCCGGGGUGUGGCCAGGGGUGGAUGGGCCCACGGGGUCCCCGCAGGAGGACGAGGAGGCAGCGCACAUCUGGGAGUGCCAGGUGCGGUACGUGACCUUCCUGGGUGUGGGCCGGGACGCCCACACCUUUGCACUCAUCGUGGACACGGGGCGACGCUUCCAGUGCACGGCCUUCUGGUGCGAGCCUGACGCCGGCACCAUCUCGGAGGCGGUGCAGGCAGCCUGCAUGGUGCAGUACCAGAAGUGCCUGGUGGCCGCUGCACCGGGGCCUAAGGUGAAGGGUGCGACGGGCCGGGACCGGCCGGGGCCGGUGGCCUCGGGGGACGCUGCCAGCGGGGCGGCCAAGGCGAGCGGGGGCAGCGGGGGGGCGGCGGGGGCCGGUGCCCGCAAGCGGGGCCUCUUCUCCUUCCUGGAGGCCUUCCGCCUCAGGCGAGCCCUCCUCCACACCCCAUAG